AUGGUAUGUAAUGAUAUAAUAGGUUUAACUACUAAUGAAGCCCUCGGUCGCUUACACAGCGAUUUCGAGUUGGUUUUAAAGGAAACUAUAGAUAAAAGAGGAUAUUUAAAAAAAAAAAAUUCUUGGAUAUAUGAUACUUUACAUCAUGGUAGUCAAAAUACAACUAUUUGUUGGACUUCCAUCACUUUGUUAUUGAUCAGCAUACUUUCUCUUGGGAUUGCUUACAAUUCUGGUUCUUGCAAAACCUAUAAUACUUCACCAUUAGAUAUUUUAAUUAUUUUUUUUCUUACACUUUUAAAUUUGAGUGUAGUCGGAUGGGACAAUAAUUUAAGGCAUCAAGAAAUUUUGACUCGAGCUUAUCAAAUAUUAGAAAAUUUAGAAAAAAGCAGAGAAUUAGUUAAUUGGAGUCCUUUAAAUUAUCCUCAUUUAUGUACUCCAGCUUCACCUUGUAUAACAUUACAAUGGACCUACAGAGAUGGAGAAAUUGUAAAUUUACCUUGGGCUCUCCUCGUCAGAGGAGAUGUUAUAAUAAUAAGGCCAGGACAAACUUCUCCUGGUUUUUGUACACCAUUUGAUGAUAAAAACAGUCCUGUCCUUCAUGCACAUGAAAUCUAUAGUCCUGCCAUAUCAACAAAUGAAAUGUUUACAGUACCCUCAGCCAGAAUUCCUUUACAAAACAAAAAAUAUAUUCUUGAAGAAACUCCAUAUUUAAGAAAUUUAAAAGUUGUCUUAGAUCAAUCACUUUUUAAACCAAUUUCCUACCAUAAUAAGGAAAGACAUUUAUUAAUGAUUAAAUGCAUUGAACAAACUGCAGUUCCAAUUCUAAUGGUUUUAACUAUUAUAUGUAAUCUUACAAGAUAUUUUUAUUUAUUUGAAUGGUUUGGAAAAGGUGACAUUAGUGAAAUGAUUUUUAUUCAACCUAUAUCAGUUGUGCUUCCCCUGCUACCUUUAAUAUUUCCAGUAUUUUGGUUCUUUUUAAACGCUUAUGGGAUGACCAGGAUUCGAGCAAUUUUACAACAAUCAGCUCCCACACAAAAUUUAGACCCAUUUGAAGAUACUGACAUCGGAGAAAGCAAACAGCCAGUUUAUAAAUUUCGUUUUAACGAUUUAAAAAAAUAUUUUUAUGAAGUUUUAAUUGGAAAAGGACCAUAUCUGACUAGAUCUGUGAAUAUUCUUCAUGUUCUUGGAUCAGUGACAGCCCUUUGCUGUGUAGAUAAAAAGGGAAUUUUAUCUUGGCCAAAUCCUACAGCUGAAAAAGUUUUCUUUUUGAGAAACUCUAAUAAAACAAAAUCUUUAGAAAGUCUGAAUUCUACUCCACAAAAAGCUUCUGUGCAAUGCUUACAAACUCAUAAUGAUUCGAAUGAAAGCAUUCCUCCUAAACCUUUUUUAAAAGAAACAACAUCUCAAACCACAGCCGAAGUGUUAGAUUUGACUCAUGAUCAUUCUACGUCUUUUAGGUUACAGUUUGAUGAUCCAUCUUGGAAGCAAUUUUUAAGUUCUUUAAAGCCUUUAGGUUUAGCUAUUUUAUUAAAUACCUGCAACAUGGCCACUCAGGAACAUUAUGCUCAGUUUUAUUCUCAUAUAACUUGUGAAGCUAUUCAUAAUGAAGAUUUAGUACCCGUAACAAACAGACGAUGUCUUUGUGAAUUAGCUAAGCAAAUCGGUUUUAUCGAUCAAGCUCAAGACAUAUUCCAUUUAGAAGAACAAUUGUGUACUUUUAAACAUGUGCAAACGGAUUCUGUCAGAAGAGAUAUAAAGUUUGCAAGACAGCUUUCAAUUUCUACAAAAUUAAAAUUUCCUUUCCCUCAUAUGAUGGCGACUGUGGUGAGAGAAAAAAAGUCUGGAUGUUUGCAAUUAAUGAGUCAAGGUACGGCAGAAGUUAUUUUAGAUUCUUGCGUCGAAUAUUGGGAUGGACACGAUUUGUAUCCUUUAACUCCAGCCGAUCGAAAAAAAAUUUUAGAUUUUUACCAAAGAUCCAGUCUUACUGCUUAUUGUACAGCUUUUGCUUAUCGUCCGUUAUCUAAACGUGUCUGUUCGAAAUUAUCUCAAGUAUACUUGGAGCUUCCCGUAGACAGCAAACACCUUUAUUUGCCGUACAGAAGUCCAACUCCGAUUGCAGCCAGUGUUAUGGAUAGUAAGUGGAAAGACGUUAAAGAAGAAGAGGAAACAUCUGACGUGGAAGGUUGUUUCGAACUUCAAUGCAAUCAAAUUUUUAUUGGAAUGGUCACGAUGCAAUAUCAAGCUCAAAUUGACAUUGUACAGUUGAUUGAACAAUUGGAAAGAGCUUGCAUACGUUUUGUACAUUUCAGUAAAGAAAACGAAUUAAGGUCUAGGGUUUUUUCGGAAAAAAUGGGAUUGGAAAGCGGUUGGAACUGUCAUAUAUCAUUAUUGAGUGAAAGAAACAGAUCAGAAAGCGGACAAUCAGAUUCCUGGGUCAAUUUAUCAUUACCUCGACGUUCACGAUUAUCCUCGCCAAUAUCAUUCGCGCCAAAUUCUCAGGGUAAAAUACAAUAUCCUUUAAUCGACCAAGAAGUACAGGAAACAAAUGCUUUUCGUACCAAUUUGGCAUCAUCUCGAGCCAUGAGUUUUUCUGCUCCCAGCGCCAUUAAUACGGAUCUUUCGACCGUUAAAUUUGACGGCGGUGAAACGGAUAAUUACGCAAUGGCGGCGGAUGACGGUGACGAUCCGAAAUUUCAUAAGAGAGAAAAGCGAGCAUCCGAAGAUAGUGUAUUAGUACAAAGUGGUGAAUAUAAUUCCCAACCUGAACCUUGGAGAUCUUUAAGUUGUUUAACGGAUUCAACUGAUCAAAGCGUGCCUGUAAACUUUGAUAUUUGGAAUAGAGCAAAACUUCCAAGGGGUGUUGACAACAUUAGACCACAUUUGGAUUUAAUUGAUAAUGUUCCACUUCUUGUUUCCUUAUUCACCGACUGUACUCCGGCAGUUACUAAAGAAAUGCUUCACAUAAUGCAAGACUACGGAGAAGUCGUUUGCGUUAUGGGAAGUUCUGCAAACAGCGAAAACAUUGGGAUUUUUAUGCAAGCGGAUGCAAGCAUUGCUGUGGAACCACUUUAUCCUCAAGUUUGUCAAAAAAUCCCUGCAUUUUCAGCCACCACUACAACUCCUUCCGGUCCUUCUCCCAUUGAAUUAAGCCGUACGUUAAAUUCGAUAGCAUGCGCUGUGAGUCUGAGAAGAGAAGAUCCUUUUAGCAUGUACCAUUUAAUAAUGGAAGCUCGUCAUUAUACUCAAUGUUUAAUGAAUUGUUUGCAAUUUUGGGUUUGCGCUGCUGUUUCACUUAGUCUCCUACAAUUUUUAGCCGUUCUUUUUAUGUUGCCUCCACUUUUUUCUAUUCAUCAAAUUUUAUUCAUUAGUUGUGCUUUGAUUCCCAUUUUAUCUGUGUCACUUGUUGCUCUACCAACUAAUUCACAGGUUAUGCAAAAAGCAACGGGAAAAAAUCAGUGUAAAAUCGACGUUGAGGUAUCAAUAUUCGUUUUGUGGUGUUACGGAUCGAAAAUUUUACCCAGCGUAUUUAUCAUAAUAAUUUUAUACUCUUCAACAAUGGCUUGCUUUUGCAACGAAAUAUCCAAAACGACCGCGGAUGGAUGGAAUUAUUAUCAAUUUACUCUUAUAUCGGUUCAACACCUUUGCGCGUUUUCAUUCGUUUUACACGUGGCGGCGACGUCGUCAAGUUUCGUUCAUAGAGAAUGUUCGAUUUGGCAAAAGCUUCCGACGAGUAAUUGUUUUUGGCUUUUUUCCGUUCUCACGGUUGUUUUACUUCAAGGAAUAUUUUCCAGUAUAGAAUUAUCAAAUGCUUCCUCUAACGUACCUCCGACCGAACAAAAUCGUUUUUCGCUACCCUGGUUCAUUGUUGCCAUCGUGAUACUCUCUCCUUUUCUAGUAUUUUUCAUAAACGAAUGCGUCAAAUGGCAAGAAAUAAAAGUAAAUAAAAGAUUUCAACGUCGAAAACGUCUCGAUUUCGGUACUAAAUUAGGUAUGAAUUCUCCGUUUUAA